AUGGACUUAAACCAAAUCCAACAGGCAAUUGCUAAUUUACCAGAGGCCGAGUACAAACAACUCACCGAAUGGAUUACCGAACACGAUUUCGCCAGAUGGGAUAAACAGAUCGAACAGGAUCUGGAGAGCGGCCGUUUAGAUCCGCUCCUGAAAGAACUAAAGCAGGAGAUUCGGGAGGGUGAAUCCCUACCGGCUGUUUAUAGCCAGAUCACAACCGAUGGUCAACGACUGCCGGGCCUGAAUGAACAGCAACAAAAAGCACGGGAGUUCUAUGAAAGUGGACUCUACGGAGCACCCAAUUCGAAAAAAGCUUACCAAUCCGAUGUAAAGCAAUACCUGGCCUGGUACCACCAUAAAGGCUACGAAGCCCUGCCGUCUACGUCUCAGGCGCUGGCUGAAUACAUGACCGAACUUUCAACCGACAAAGGCUAUUUUACGCUUCAGCGGAGGCUGGCCAGCAUUGCCAAAUACCACCGCAUUCAUAACCUGCCUUCGCCGACAACCCACGAGUCGUUUAAGCUAUUUAUGAAGGGGGUGAGGCGAGAAAAGACGAUUCGGCAAAAACAGGCCAUGGCCUUCACCCUGGAUGAGUUUAGAAAAGCGGUCGACAGCCAACCCCUGACGCCUACUGGUAUACGUAACCGGCUUAUCUUGUUGUUGGGAUUCACGGGUGCCUUCCGGCGUCAGGAGCUGGUCGAUAUUAAUGUAGAAAAUCUGGAGUGUCGUUCCGAUGGUGUCUUAAUUACAAUCAAUCAUUCGAAGACGAAUCAGGAUGGGGUUGAAGAAGCCAAAUUUGUAGCGAAGGCAAAACAGGAAGCGUAUUGUCCGCUUCGUACCCUUCAACAGUGGCUGACGCUCAUCAACCGGGCCGAAGGACCUUUAUUUGUUCGCAUCCGCAAGGGAGAACGGCCAACCCUGGACCGUUUAUCCGAUGAUUAUGUGAAUCUGCUGACCAAGGCUGCCUUCGGUCAGUACUAUUCCGCCCACUCUAUGCGAGCCUCCUUUGUGACCAUCUCCAAAGACGCGGGCGUCGAUAACCGGAAGAUUCAGAAUCAAACCAAGCAUAAAACAACCCAGAUGAUUGAUCGAUAUGACCGUCGGCGGGAUGUCAUUUACCAGAACGCAUCAACGGAACUCGAUUUGUAA